AUGAGUCCCAAUAAUUCGGCAUUCCAUGAUGGACUGGUGGACGAAAUCGAACAUGCUAUUUCCAAGAUCGAGACCACUCCGAAGUCAGAGAAAGAGGUCUCAGCGAAUAUUCCGUCAACCUAUUUGCCUGUGCAAGCCACCCAAAACGACAAUAAAGAUGCCAUCAGAUUAGUAAAGUCAGUCUCUCUGCCAGUAAGCCAACUGCUCGAUUCACCAGCAGAGAGAAAUCUUCUGGCUACAGCCUGGGCGUUAGUGCUGCACCUCUAUGUUGUAUCAGACACAGUGGCAUUUGUAGUCAUUGACAGCCAGGAUGGGCUGGUGUUGUCUGAGCAGCUCGUUGUUUCGCACUGGUCUGCAUCAUCAUCAGAACUCCCUCGACUGAAAUUCGGACCUUUCAUCGCUUCCAAACACAGCUCCAAAGCCAACACUGCCAUACAGUUCGGCCAUGGCCGUGGUACUACAAAAUGGAAUUCUUUCGACUACAUCCUGCAUUCUCCAGGACGCGGUUCCAAAGACCUCUCAUUCCAUACACGGCAAAUAUCAGUGCCACGAAAGUUCGCAUCCGCUAUUUGGAGCACUUUCAUUGAAAUCAACUCCCAGGUCAGGGCUGCAGGUCCUCUUGGCCUGGCCAAGAAGUACCAAAUCAGCGAAGUAGACAAGCGGGCAAUUCGUUCCUUCUUGCCAGACCCCAUUUACGAAGCACCGAGAUCCUUGCAUGAGAAUUUUGAACAUUCUCUUGAGGCAGUGCCAGACUCUCCAGCCGUCCAUGCAUGGGAUGGAUCUCUCACCUACAAGGAGUUGGAUGGACUUUCCAACAAACUUGCAGCUCAUCUUAUUCAGAGAGGUGUGCAAAAGGGUCAAUACGUUCCGUUCUCCUUCGAAAAGAGCAUGUGGAUGGUCGUUGCUGUUCUCGGUAUCCUCAAAGCCGGAGGUGCGAUUGUUCCCAUUGACCCCUCGCAGCCUCAUGCCCGAGCCCAGCAGAUCGUACAAGAAGUUGGUGCAAGAACUAUCGUCACAUCUGCUUCUCAACAGGAAAGAUUACAGACUCUCGUUGACGAGGUAGUAUCCAUCGGUGCCAAUGAUUCAUUGAGAUUGGGGCGCGAUACAGGGGCGAGCACCAUCUUACCCAAGGUCUUACAUACAGAUCCUGCUGUCGUCAUCUUUACAUCAGGGUCGACUGGUAACCCCAAGGGUAUCAUAAUUGAGCAUGGAGCUAUUGCUACUCGAAUGAUUGUCGAGGGGAGGGCUUUUGGUUAUCAUGGCGCGAGAACCCUUCAGUUUGCUGCAUCGACGUGGGACAUCUUCCUCACGGACAUUUUCACCACCUUGACCUUCCAAGGUUGCAUCUGCAUUCCAAAUGAAGAAGAUAGAAGGUUCAACCUGUCCAAGUUUUGCACAGACUACAAGGUCUCGUUGGCGCUCAUCACGCCGACCCUCGCAAAUCUUCUUGAGCCUGCGACCUUUCCAACGCUCAAGACACUUAUCUUUGGUGGAGAGGCUCUCCGGGAGGAUGUGCUUGAGAAAUGGUCUGUGGUUAAAGGAAUAUCUCUUAACCAGGGUUACGGCCCAGCAGAGACUGGCCCAUGCAUUACAGGGCAGGCUCACCGCCGGCCAGAAGUCUUGGGCUAUGCCUUGGAUAACUCGGUUUGCGUGCUGGUCGAUCCCCAGGAUCACAAUAGACUUGUUCCGGUAGGAGCAGUAGGUGAACUCGUGGUGGGUGGACCAAGCUUACUCAGGAGAUAUAUCAACAAUCCUGAAAAGACCAACGCUGCUGUGAUUGGAAACCCAGAAUGGGCCCGAGAGCUUGAUCUUCCGAUUAGCCGCUUUUACAAGACUGGAGACCUCUUGCGUUACAGUUUUGAUACACUUGAUGGCCGACUUGAAUUCGUUGGGCGAACGGAUGAUCAGGUCAAGUAUCAUGGCCAGCGCAUCGAGCUCGGAGAGAUCGAGUGCCAUUUGAGCAGUCUCCCAGGGCUAGCGUCCGUAAUGGUAACUCUUGUGAAGUCUGGUCCCUUGAAAGACAAACUUGUCGCCGUAGCCCAGGUGACGCAAGGCAAGAGUCCUAGGGUAUCAAACGGUGGAUUUUCUGUCAACAAGGGUGCUGGAGUAACCAUUGCCGAUGUCAGAAAGCAUCUUCUUCCUCGGGUGCCUGAAUACAUGAUCCCAAGCGAGUUGGUCGUCCUCCAUGAGAUGCCGCUUAACGUAUCCCUGAAACUCGACAGGGCUCGUAUCAGUAAAUGGCUAUCCGAUACCCAAAUCGACAUUUCGAAUGCACCUGAUCCAGCUCCAAAGCAUGAGUCAAAUACGUUGCUGGCCCACGAAUUAACAGCUCGGCAGGUGUCAAGGCAGUAUGCAUUGAUCGUAGCUGAAGGCAACAAACAUCGCCGCAGCGAACUCGAAGAUACUGACUUCAACCUCCAAUCCGGAGGGAUCGAUUCUGUUCAAAUCAUCUCCCUUCAUUCAACUUUGAAGAGAAGUUUUAAAGUAAAGAUCCCAAUAGAUGAGAUCCUUAGCUCCAAAGCCACUGUGCGCUCGAUUGCGGCAGUCAUUGAUGAAAAUAACCCCCAGCACCGGCCUAGUGUUAACAUCAAUGGGGUUGAGCCUCAUUCUGACUUUACUGAGCUGGGAUUGCUGCACAGUUCUGAUAGCGCAAUCAUUCAUCGGACGUUCAUUACUGGGGGAUCAGGUUUCCUCGGGAUUGAGAUUCUGCGGCAGCUUCUUUGUGAUCCCAACAGACAUGUAUAUGCGCUAGUAAGAGCGCAAUCCGAGAAGGCUGCUGAAGAAAGACUUAUUCGAAAGGCAACAGAAGCAGGUUGGUGGACGGAUGCUUACAAGACAAGACUUCAUGCCUGGAUCGGUGACUUGGCACAGGCUCAACUGGGGCUAAAUAGGACUCAGUGGCAGAUGCUUCAGGGCCUGACGACUCCAAGUAUUGAUUCAGUCAUCCACAACGGAGCCAAGGUGCACUACAAUCUGGACUACGAUAGUCUGAAACCUGCCAACGUGUCAUCAACGGUUGAGCUUCUAAACGCGGUCAACUCUCGCAAACAGCCACUCACAAGCUUCGUGUAUGUUUCUGGGGGCCAACAACUGAGUUUCAACGACAAGGACGACCAGGAGAACGCGAACAAAGCGAUUAAUGGGACAGGCUAUUCAAAGUCGAAAGUGGUAUCUGAGUUGAUUAUCAACAAGUUUUCUCAGACUCAUACAAGCAAGAACUUGUUACCCAUCAAAGUGGUCAGACCAGGGUAUAUUAUCGGAGACUCUGAAAGAGGACUGGCAAACAAGUCGGAUUUUAUUUGGAGAUUGAUAUCUGCUUCGAUUGAGGUUGGAAGUUACAACGCCGACGAAGAAGACACUUGGCUGUUCGUGUCUGAUACCAGUCGUGUUUCUCAAGCCAUCAUCGAAGCCUUGCAUGGCCAAUAUCGUCAGCAAGUCGCCAAGAUUCUUGACGGUAUCAGGUUCAAGGACCUCUGGAAGCUCCUCAAAUCUUAUGGAUAUGACCUGCAACCUCUCAAUAGAGAGCAGUGGCUCGCUAGACUCCACCAAUUCGUGGCGGCCAAGCAAGAGAGGCACGUCCUGUUCCCGCUGAUGUACAUGUUCGAGUCAAACGAGCCAAUUGGGGUUCAAAAUGGGCCUUUUCAGCCAAGCACAGGAGUUAAGGAAGCGCUGGAGGCCAACAUUAGGCAUUUAAUUACCAUUGACUUCCUGCCGAAGCCUAAACUAACUCCCUAUGGCACUUCAUCCGGCAAUAGUGAUACUUCUGGGUCUUACGUGGAUAUCCCACGAGCAUUCUGGGAUGAAGCAGCCGUGCAAAAGUCUGAUCAAAUUAAUGUCCAGAGCGUUCGACAACAAUUCCCAGCCCUCCAUCACGGAAUCGUGCCAUUCAACAACGCUGCUGGGACGGCCGUCCAUCAAGAGGCUGCCGACAAGGCACGAGAAUACUUGUCGGCAAUCCCUAUCGAGCUGGGACAUGACGAUGUUAAAAGUCAAGAGAAAACACAGAGACUCAUGAAUAACUAUGGAGAGCUUGCUGCAUUCAUUAACGCGGAUCCAGAUGAGAUUGCUUUCGGACAGACUACCACGUUCAUGUUCCGGGCGCUUGGGCAAGCCCUACGGCCAAAUUUGAACUCCGAUUGUGAAAUUGUUGUGUCAAACCUGUGUCACGAAGCCAGUGCCGCAGCCUGGAUCAAGCUCGCGAAGGACGUGGGCAUCACCAUCAAGUGGUGGGCUCCGCCACCGGGUGAUAAUCCUGUGCUAUCCUUGGAAACCCUCAAACCUCUCCUCUCGCCAAAGACUCGGGUUGUCACUUGCAACCACGUCUCCAAUGUUAUUGGCAACAUCCAUCCAAUCCGCCAGGUCGCGGAUUUGGUUCACGCCAUUCCUGGUGCCGUAUUGAUCGUCGACGGCGUUGCAUGGGCACCUCAUCGACCGGUCGAUGUGAAGGCGUUAGACGUUGAUUUCUAUUGCUUCAGUUGGUACAAGGUGUUUGGGCCGCACAUUGCUCAACUAUAUGGACGCCGGAGUGCCCAGAAGCGAGUGCUCACGCACUCGAGCCAUUACUUCCUUUCGGAAAUGCCCGGACUGGACUGGAGACUGCGCUUAGGCAGCAAUACCUUUGAGCUUGAGGAGGCUAUUGUUCCAAUUGCUCGGUAUCUGACAAAGUUGGGCUGGGAUAACAUCAUUGCCCAGGAAGUUGUGUUGCAACAUGCAUUUUUGGAAUAUUUGAACAGUCGGCCCCAAUUGUUCCGCGUCUUUGGAGAGAAAUCAUCCGAUCCUAGCAAACGCGUCUCGGUCAUUACAUUUACUGUCAUCGGACACUCGUCGUCUGACAUUGUCAAAAAGGUUUGUCAGAAGGGAAGAUUCCGCGUUGUUGCUGGGAGCUGCUGGGCUCCAAGACCGACUCAUGACGUCCUGGGAUUGGAUGAGGAGGGGUUGAUCCGAGUCAGUUUUGUGCAUUACAAUACAAUCUCGGAGGUGAAAGAAUUUACUAGAGAGCUUGACGCGAUUCUGGGCUACGCUUAG